UACAAUAUAUUCAACCAAGCCCGGGGUUGCCUUGCCCCCUACGUAAAUUUAUAUUGUUGCUGUUGUUUUUACACUUUUCUUUCAAUAUUGUUUUUGUUUUUUUUUUAUACUGCUGGCUGUUGAAUGAAUAUCGAACGAACGAAAGAACGACCGACAAGAACAACACAAAAAAGCCAAAUAACAAAUUGAGGCCAAAAAUACAAUAAAAACUGUUGCUUUGUUAAAUAUUUUAGCAGUUCAUACAGGACUCUGGUGCUGUAAACAUAUCCUGGAAAUUCUAACCAAAAUAAUUUGAAAAAAAACAUUUAGUGAAGAUUUUUUUGUAAAUUAUAACUGAAAUAAAAAGUGAAAUUAUUAAAGUGCAAUUUUUUUUGAGAAAGUGUUUUGAACUUAAUAAAAUUAAAAUUAAACCUUUUAACCUAAAACAGGAAUUUACCUAAAACAGGAAUAAACUAAAACAAUAUGAAAUUAUAUUUUUAUUUACGAUCAAUAAAUAGUUUUAAACUAUUUUUGUGGUUGGCCUUAAUUGCAACUGUUGCUUCAGUGCCAACAUCUGUUUUGGUACAAAACUCCGAAUUGGCCUCAAAUGCUCAACAAAAUCACGCAGAUUCUAAUAAAAAUCACAAUAAUAACAAUGUUAUGACUAAAGUUAAACGCUCUAGUGGUGGCAAUAAAAAUGAUGGACAUCUCAAUAACAACUCACCCGCUGCCAUAUUGAAUAAAAAAUCAAGUCCCGAAAUAGUACCAGCUUCCUAUACAGCUCCUCCAAAGCCCAAAUCCAUAAUGCCUCAACUGCAACAGCAGCAACAACAAAGGCAAGAGGGAAAUGAAUUAAAUUUCAACAACAAUGCCAUGGAAAAGAAUAACGAUCUUAUCAGUUCGGCUAUUGCAGCUGGACUAACUGCUGCCGCUGUAGAAGCUGCUGCUGUGGCCGCCAAUCAACAUGAAUUGGAACAAUUAAGGAAACAACAUCAGCUCUAUGCAGAUGAUAUAGAUGAUGAACAAACUUCCUCAGCCAUAAAUAAACGUGGUAUAAGUGCCCAACAAUUUCCUUAUCGUAGUGCCUCCUCUUCGGCCUCAGCCGCAAAUUUAGGUUGGGGUAAUAUGGCUGGUGUCAAUAAUGAUUUCAAUAGUGGUAUUUAUAAUUCACCUUCUGCCGGUUAUUACAAUCCCUACGGUAGUUUUGAUUCAUUACCCGCUGUUGGCAAUGAUGUACCUCAAGGUACUUGGGGUGAUGAAUUGGAUCCCGGUAAUGUUGUUUACAGUGAUAUUGAUGAUUAUGCUCCCGUUUCGAAGACUUCCUCAUAUAGGAACAAAGCUUAUGAUAAUUUACAAAAUAUUUUAAACUCCGAAUCUUAUUUGGAUACAGUUCCCUUACCCUAUAACAGUGGUCGUUAUUAUAGUUCUGGUUUGGAUACUGAGCGCAAUAAGAGAGCUUAUAAAAUCUUCAAUCAGUUGGCCAGUAAAUUUCCUGAUAUGAGAUUGAAACGUGAUACAAAACUAACCCCAGCUGAUAUGUUAGCCCUGGUAGCACUUGUCGAAGCCGGUGAACGUGCCCGCAAAGAUACAGAUGCUGAUGCUGGUUACACCUAUCCCUCUGAAAACUAUGUACCCAAGACCUAUGGCCUUAAUAAUAAUUACAAUACAGCUGGUAAUGUUUACGAUUAUCCCACAAUGCCUCAAGCCGAUGAAAGUUUAGAUUAUAAUAACAAUAACGGUUGGUUUGAACCUCAGUCAAUGGUGGACUAUUAUGGAAUGCCCGUUAACAUGGAUGCCAUGAACAAAUAUGAGUUACCUAGAGAACUACCAAGAGAAAAUAAAUACAGUGAUGGUUUUCCCUUGAAUACAAAUGGAAAUCGUUAUAACAACAAACGUUUCAUGGUGGCCAAAAAGAAAAGAUCCAUUGCUAAACCUUCAAUACCCUACAAACCCGAGUCAUUCUUUUAAAGUUGUGCUUAACAGAAAUAUCUCAAAAAAUAACGUCAAUUUUCCAAAUUGAAGUAAUAAAAGAAAAUGGCGUUAAUUUAAAAUAACAGAAGAAAAAAAAAACGUAAAUAGUAAUAAAUUUGUAAGAUACCACACCAUAUACCAAAAACUAUUUGCCCCCAGAAAGUAUUUUUUUUUUUAACUAUAAACUAAGUUUCUUGAAACUAUAAAUUAACAUUUUUACUAAAUUUUUUUUAAGAAAAAUAUGUUUUGUGUCAAAUUUUAUGAUAAAAAUAUGUUUUUUUUUUCUCUUUUAUAAGAAACUUAUAUUUGUAUUUAACGUGCAAUUGAUGUAAAAGCAUUUAUGUAAAAUACAUACAUAUAUCAAUAUUUAAAAGUAAAUAUACAAAAAAACCUAAAUUAACUAUUUAUUUAAACUAUACAACUAAAGUAAAUAUAAAACAUAAUUAUUUGUAUGAAAAUGGAAAAAUAAACCUAAAAUAUUUUAAAAUGUUAACUAAAAGAGAAAAAUACAUACAUGUAAUGUCAAGCAGUCUGACUCAAAUGGAACUUUUUUUUAAAAUAACUAUAAUUUGUAAAAGUAUUUAUAUUAGUAAAUCUGUAAGAAUUUAGAAAAGCUUUUUAUCUUCAUUUCCGUUUUAUUUUAUUUAUUUCCCAAAUUGCUCUUUUUGAUCUUGGCACAUUUUUGUAAUGCACUCAAAGUCUUUUUGCAGCUUAUUGCGCUAAGAGCGUUUUAUGUAUUUUGUGAAAAAAAGUAUACAUAUAAAAAUUAUCAUCAUUUACACUACUUUAUAAUAUUAUUUAGAUGUCUGAAAAAUUUUGUAAAACCAAAAUUCAGGAAUCACUCUUGUCUAAAGUUUCAACUAUAGUCUAGACUUUAGUAUAGAUUAUAGUUUAGAUCAAAGUCUUGAGCACGACUAAGUAUAGUUAAAUAAACAGACUAUGGUCUUGACUUUAGUAAAGGCUAUAGUUUAGACCACAGUCUCGAGUCACGUCUAUAGUUUAAUCCACAGUUUAGUGUAUAGUCUUGACUAUAGCUUACACUAUUGUUUUGACUAUAGUUUUGGCCACAGUCUUGACUAUAAUAUAUUCUACAAUAUGGACUAUAUUCUUGACUAUAGUCUAAACUAUAAUACUAUGAUCUAAACUAUAGUCAAGACUAUUAUUUAGUUCAGACUAUAGUUUAUAUCAUAGUCUCAAUAGUUAAGACUAUUGUCUUGACUAUAGUUAAGACUAUAUUUUAGAUCUUGACAUUAGUUUCGGCUAUAGUGUAACUAGUUCUUUACUACAGUUUAAAAUAUAAUCUCAACUAUAGUUUAAACAAAAAUCUACAGUCUUUACUAGAGUUUAAUCUAUAGUCUUGACUAUAGUAUUGACAUUAUUUGAGACUAUAGCCUAUAGUUAAUACUAUAGUCUGGGCUAUACUUAAGACUAUAGUCUUGACUAUAGGUUAGACUGUAGUCUUGAAUAGUGUUUGGACUAUAGUUUAAAUUAAAGUCUUGACUACAGUUUGCUCUAGAGUCUUGAUAUCUGUUUAGAGGUUAGUCUCGACUAUUGUUUAGACUGUAGCCUUAACUAUAGUUUAUACAAUAGUUUAGACUAUAAUCUUAGACUUAAUUAUAGUCUUGAUUAUAGUCAUGACUAAGUUCAGACUGAAGUAUUGACUAUAGUUGGAUUGACUUUUGUUUAGACUUUAGUCUCAAUUAUUGUUUAGACUACAGCCUUGACUAUAGUUUAUACAAUAGCCUUGACUAUAGUUUAUACAAUAGUCUUGACUAUAGUUUAUACAAUAGUCUAUAGUUUAUACAAUAGUCUUGACUAUAGUUUAUACAAUAGUCAAUAGUUUAUACAAUAGUCUUGACUAUAGUUUGUCUUGACUAGAAUUUAGACUAUAGUCAUGACUAUAGUUUAGACUAUAGUUUUGAAUAGAUAGUUUAGCUUAAUCUUUAAUCUCGACUAGAAUUUAGACUAUAGUCAUGACUUAAGUUUUAACUGUAGUCUUGUCUAUAGCUUUGACUAUAUGUAGUCUUAACUAUAGUCAAGAAAAUAGCCAAAACUAUAGUCAAGACAAAAGUCAAGACUGCAGUUUAGUCUAUACUUUCGAUUAUAGCUUAUCCGGUAGUCUGAUACAAUUUUUCUUGUUCGUCAAGAAUAAGUGUAAGUUCCCUUAAAAGAUCUGUUAGAAUAUCAGAAACAAUAUAUGUAAAAUUUUACUAAAUCCUUAUCCUCCUACAUUUCUACAUAUUUGGCAUUUAUUAAAUCAAUUAAAAAAAAAGUAAUAAAAAACUAAAAAUUAAUGUUUAAUUAACAAGAAACCAUAAAAUACAUUCUCAUACAUGUGAAAAAACAUAAAUAUUGUAAAUUAUUAUAAACUCAAGCAUAAAAAACUAUAUAGAAAAAGAUAUUAUUAUAAAAAAGAUCAUUUUAUGUAUUUAUGUAAAAUUCAAAAUUAUUAUUCAUUUAAA